ACAGUGCAAGAAAUAUCAACUGCGUCGUAUUUGGAAAUUUUCAAACGUACUUGAUUUCCGGUACAACUUCUCGGUACGUAUAUAGCAUAGAAAAGGGGAAACGACAGACGAUAGGCAUCGUAGACGGAAAGCUCUUCCGCAGAAGGGCAAACGUCGGUUUCGUCGGCGACGAUAUUCGCGGUGGAAAGGGUAAUGGUGGUAUUGAUUGCAACGGAACUUGACCGCGCAAACUCUCUGUCUGCCCUCAAUGAAAUGACGUACUUACAUAUGGAACCACGACAAACGGCAAGACGAUAAAAACCUGUGGAUACCACACCUGGCCAACACCUGCCAGUUGAAACGGUGAUGAUGACAUCGACCCUCUGCACCUGCACAUGGCUGCUGCUACCCUGCUGCGUUCUCGUCACCCUCUCCACCGGUGAACUCGAUUUUUAUCGAGAUGAAGUCCCUGAAAUCUCGGAGAACAUCAUGCUCAGGCAAGUUAUCAAGUAUCUCGAGGGGCAGAGAGCACGUUUCUCCUCGUUGCUGGCUAACCAGGCCCACAAGAAGCAUCGUGUGGAUCUGGAUCGACUGAAGGAGAGGGAUUUGCUGGAGGCAUUGGUGAACAAGGGUAGCCUAGCUGAGAUUCUGAGAAACGGAAAACCGAAAGGAUGGAAUCACCGACAAAUGCGAUAUAACGAGCCGAUCAACGAAUCACCGCAACAGAGAGAACCGUUCUACGACUUGAAUCCAUUCGAGAGCCCGUUGGAAUAUCCGAAUUUUAAGUUGCCUUAUUAUCCGCGUGAAACGAACGAAGAAGAUGGGAAUUUCCAAGACGAUGGUUAUCAGUACGAUAGAAAUCCACCGUUGAAACAGAUGGCUUACGAGGAGACGAAUUUCAAUAAGGAAAUGAAGGAUGAACCUUUGUUAGAUUUUCACGGAAGUUACGACGGUUCUAUGGUUAACGAGGACGAAGGGGAUAACGACAGGAAGACGCAGAAACCGCAUAUGACCAAUCCGGAAUUUUUUUUUAAGUUCGACGACUUGAAUCCACCGGAGAGACAUCCGUUUGCGGUAAAGCCGAACGAUCCACGUUAUUAUCAGGAAACUUUUUACUUGGCAGAUGCCGGUGAUACGUGGGUUAACGAGAAACCGAGAAGGAACAAGACCAAGUGGGAUCAGGAGAAUAAGGCAAUGGAGAAAACUGACGCAGUCCGCAAAGAAAGCCCGAGGCACGUUGAAUCGAAGUUUAAAGACACGUCGAUGAUUGUGUUGCCAGAGUUGGAACGUCGUACAGAAUACAAUCCACUGUUCGUACCUGUGAAUCAGGAUUUUAAUAAUGAUAUAUAUUUUACUGCUAUCGUUGCUGGUUGCAGCGCAGCGGCCAUGUGUGCACUUGUAUUAAUCGCUUUAACAUGGUACAGACUAAAAUGGGGUGCCAAAGCAGCUGCUGACAUAGAGUAUCCAGCUUAUGGUAUAACAGGUCCGAACAAAGAGGUAUCGCCUUCGGGAGAUCAAAGACUUGCACAGUCUGCUCAGAUGUACCACUUCCAACACCAAAAACAACAAAUUAUUGCCAUGGAAAAUCGUGUUUCUGCAACCAGAGAUCCAGGCUCUGUCUCGGAAGCUGAUAGCGAGGAGGAGAAUGAGGAAGGAGAUUACACCGUUUACGAGUGCCCGGGACUAGCUUCUACAGGAGAAAUGGAAGUGAAGAAUCCAUUGUUCCACGAUGAUCCAACACCAGCAACACCAGCACAAAUGAAUAAACAAGAGGACCAUAAUAUAUAGUUUGAGUAAAUUCUAAAUAUAUUUGAUUUGAAAUAUCUUCUUCUGGUGCUUAGCUCACUGUUAAUGUACCAUAUCGGAAACAUUUAUCUAUAUAUUGAAUGUAUGAAACAACUUUAAUACUUAUAUGA